GCAACCAUCUGCCAAUAACAAGCCUGCUGAGACAGAGAGAGCGCGUGAGUGAGAGAGCAGCCACCUUACUCCACAGCGCGCGGGGCUCGUGCAGCAUGUCAGAGAUGUGAAGCGGCGGGAAGCAGCAUGGCGGGAGGACGGCGGGGUCUCGUGGCCCCUCAGAACACGUUCCUGGAGAACAUCGUCCGUCGGUCCAACGUUUGGACAUUAUCACAUAGACAGACAGAUACAAACUUCGUGCUGGGGAACGCUCAGAUCGUGGACUGGCCGAUCGUCUACAGCAACGACGGCUUCUGCAAACUGUCCGGGUACCAUCGGGCCGAGGUGAUGCAGAAGAGCAGCACCUGCAGCUUCAUGUACGGAGAGCUGACGGACAAGGACAUGACGGACAAAGUGCGGCAGACCUUCGAGAGCUACGAGAUGAACUCUUUUGAGAUUCUGAUGUACAAGAAAAACCGGAUGCCAGUCUGGUUUUUCAUGAAGAUUGCGCCAAUCAGGAACGAGCAGGAUAAAGUGGUCCUGUUUCUCUGCACCUUCAGUGACAUCACCGCCUUCAAGCAGCCAAUCGAGGACGACUCUUCAAAAGGUUGGGGUAAAUUUGCCCGUCUGACUCGUGCGCUGACCAGCAGUCGAGGCGUUCUGCAGCAGCUCGCUCCAGCUGUGCAGAAAGGAGAGAACGUCCACAAACACUCACGGCUGGCAGAGGUUCUCCAGCUGGGCUCAGACAUUUUGCCUCAGUACAAACAGGAAACCCCGAAGACCCCUCCCCACAUCAUCCUGCACUACUGCCUCUUCAAGACCACGUGGGACUGGGUCAUCCUCAUCCUCACCUUCUACACCGCCAUCAUGGUGCCCUACAACGUGUCCUUCAAGACCAAGCAGAACAACGUCACCUGGCUGGUGGUGGACAGCAUCGUGGACGUCAUCUUCCUCGUGGACAUCGUCCUCAACUUCCACACCACCUUCGUCGGCCCGGCCGGGGAGGUGAUCUCCGACCCGAAGCUCAUCCGCAUGAACUACGUGAAGACUUGGUUCGUCAUCGACCUGCUGUCCUGCCUGCCGUACGAUGUCAUCAACGCCUUCGAGAACGUGGACGAGGGCAUCAGCAGUCUCUUCAGCUCUCUGAAAGUGGUCCGCCUACUGCGUUUGGGUCGAGUCGCCAGGAAGCUGGACCACUACAUCGAGUACGGAGCGGCCGUCCUGGUGUUACUGGUCUGUGUAUUCGGGCUGGCUGCUCAUUGGCUGGCGUGCAUCUGGUACAGCAUCGGGGACUACGAGGUGAUCGACGAGGACACCAACAGCGUGCGGAUGGACAGCUGGCUGUUCCUGCUGGGGGAGACGGUCGGGACGCCCUACAGGUUCAACGCCUCGGGGUCGGGCCGCUGGGAGGGCGGGCCCAGCAAGGACUCGGUGUACAUCACCUCGCUGUACUUCACCAUGACGAGCCUCACCAGCAUCGGCUUCGGGAACAUCGCGCCCAACACGGACGGAGAGAAGAUCUUCGCCGUGGCCAUGAUGAUGAUCGGAUCGUUGCUCUACGCCACCAUCUUCGGUAACGUCACCACCAUCUUCCAGCAGAUGUACGCCAACACCAACCGUUACCACGAGAUGCUGAACAGCGUGCGAGACUUCCUGAAACUCUACCAGGUCCCUAAAGGCCUCAGCGAGAGGGUGAUGGACUACAUCGUGUCCACAUGGUCCAUGAGCAGAGGCAUCGACACCGAAAAGGUGCUGCAGAUUUGUCCAAAGGACAUGCGUGCGGACAUCUGUGUCCACCUCAACAGGAAGGUGUUCAAGGAGCACCCGGCGUUCAGGCUGGCGAGCGACGGCUGCCUGCGGGCGCUCGCCAUGGAGUUCCAGACGGUGCACAGCGCGCCCGGAGACCUCAUCUUCCACGCCGGAGAGAGCGUGGACACACUCUGCUUCGUGGUGUCGGGGUCGCUGGAGGUCAUCCAGGACGAAGAGGUGGUGGCCAUUUUAGGUAAAGGCGACGUGUUUGGUGACGUGUUCUGGAAGGAGAUGACGCUGGCGCAGUCGUGCGCUAACGUGCGAGCGCUGACCUACUGCGACCUGCACAUCAUCAAGAGAGACGCGCUGCAGAAAGUCCUCGAGUUUUACGCCGCCUUCGCAAACCACUUCUCCAGAAACCUGCUGCUCACCUACAACCUGAGGAAGAGGAUCGUCUUCCGGAAGAUCAGUGAUGUGAAACGUGAGGAGGAGGAGAUGUUGAAGAGGAAGAACGAGGCUCCUCUGAACCUCCCUCCUGAUCAUCCGGUGCGACGCCUCUUCCAGCGUUUCCGUCAGCAGAGGGAGGCGCGGCUGGCCAUGGAGCAGGGGGAUCAGGUGGUCGGCGAUGUGGAGAAAGGAGUCGUUUCCCUGGCAAAGCCUCGAGGUCCGGUGGUCCUGGCCUCCACCAGUAUAGUCAUGUUGACGGAGAGCCCAGCGACCCCCACCACCUCCUCAACAUCCCUCGCUUCCUCUUCAUCCAGAACCUCCAGUCGAGUCAUGCUCCACACUCCCGCCGCCCAGAACGGAAACAUAAUCGGCUGUAAAUCUGCAGAGCCAACCAAAGCGAAAGGCUGGGGACGAUUCAAAGAGUCGGUCGCCAAGGCCGAGUCGUGGAGCAGUGUCUCUAAAGCCGAGUCCAUGGAGACGCUGCCCGACAGAACUAAGUCUCAGGACCAGUUGUCCCUGAAGAAAACAGACUCCUGUGACAGCGGCAUCACGAAGAGCGACCUCCGAUUGGACAAUGCGGACGAUGUCAGAACGCCGCAGGAGCAAAGUCCAGUCCAGGCUGAGGAAAAGAGGGUCUUCUGUCCGAUACCGGAGCAGAGCAUCCAAGCCCCUUUCCUGGAGCUGAAGCAGGAGUUAAGAGGCGACAUCAGAUCUUUGAACAGUCGCAUGGCGGGGCUGGAGACUCAGCUGGCGGAGAUGUUGCGACUCCUCAAGUCCAGGAAGUCGUCCGGUUCCUUCUUUGAGAUCUCGCGGCCUCCUUCCCCUGACUCAGAUAAGGAUAGCUAUUCCUAAACUGGACUAGAGUCCGUUGCAGAGAAGAGCUUCUGACUGAAGUGUGAGGCUGUGCUGAUGGUGGGCAACGAUGCUAUCACACAAAAGCACUUUAUGCGUUCGUAGCAUUACUCGGCGAGAUGACAAUGACGUCAAACUGGAAUGAGGAUUGCUGAUUUAACUUUGAUCAAAGACUAACGGAAGAGUCAUGAUGGCACCUUUUGUCCUCAGGAGGGUUUACACCUUCAUAUGAUUAUGGCAAUAAUAAGAGAUGGCUUUAACAUUGUUGUUUUGAACAGGACUUUGGCACUGUGAUGAUGGAAACCGUGUUUUAAAAGCUUAUUUGGUUGCUUGGAGGUCUGGUCCACAAAGUCUGUUUAGUUUUUUAGCAUUUUAAGAAAGUUAACACACUUCAAAAUGAAAGGGGUGCAUUCAAAGACAAUCAAGUAGACAUAUCUCUGUGAUUAAAGUGGGACAUAUGGGUCCAAAACAUGGAAAACUGACAAAAAGAAGAUUAUGAUACAUUAGCUGCUUUCACACCAAAGUACUUUGCCGUACUUAGUUCCCAGUACUUAGUCCCGCCGAACUCUUUAGUCCCGUAACUGUCCUAGUAAAUCGCGUUCACACCGGAA